GAAUUGCUCUUAGCUCUGCAAGUUGUCAGAUAGGAGAGGCACCUAGUCAAAUACCACCAGAAACCAACCCCUCCCUUGGUCCAGUGAGCAACCUUAUUCAGGUGCCUUCACAGAGGGUAACCUUCUGGGCAUGCCUGAUUGCUGCCUCUUACAGUAUAUAAACUGCCCCUCGAGGAACCAACCCAUAUUUGGCACCAAAGAGGCUAUUCCAGAAUGAAGGCUUUACUGGUCCUCCUGCUGGGAGCAGCCCUGUGCUUGGAAUCAGGUUCUUCUCUGCAGUGUUACAGCUGCACGUCACAGCUCAGCAACUCCAAAUGCCAGACAAAAGUGGAAUGCAAGGAGAACGAAGUGUGCAAGACGGAUGUGAUCAGGGUCGUAGGGCUCGUCAACAUCUUGAGCAAGGGCUGUGACUCAACCUGUGAACCAUUUCAUCAGGAAUUCCACGUCGGCAACAGGAAUAUCUCCUGCUGCAGCAGCGACCUCUGCAAUGUCAAUGCAGCGGGAAGCGUGAGGAGCAACUAUGGGAUGGCAGCAGGGAUGGCAGCCAGUGUGCUCUGGGUCUUCUUGAAGAGCAGAGGACUUCCAUGAGCACAGGAAGUCUUGGAGCAUCCUCUCUAAUGUCAGGAAUUGUAAGCAGGAGCAAUGUGGUGUGUUGGGCACACAGCAUCCUUGGAGCUGAUGGCAGACCUCUGCCAUAUGAUAGCUUUAUUACUACAGUUGCAUUGCUGUAGUGGCAACAGAGAAGACAAUAUGUGUGCCUGCUACCUGUGUAACACCUAAAAUAUACUUAUUCCUGAAUCAA